CAAGUAGUCCAGUAUUGAAUAGAGUAAAAAGUUUUCCAAAUGCUUUCUACUCCACUGUUUUGUAGUAAAUAAAUAUUUAUUUAAAGUGUGUUUAGUCCUUUCUGGUGCAUGGUCAGUCACUUGGUGGUGCACGCUAUCUUUAGUAAUAGAACACUAACCUUUUACCGUUGUUUUUUUUCCCAGCGCUUUACUUAAUCUUGUGGGAAAUACUCAAACUGUUUUCAAUUUUUCUAAAAAAAUUUCUCCCUUCACCCCAGUGCGGUCCCGGGCGAAGAGGAAGGAGACGGGCCGCUCCCCCAGCCGUGGUGGGCGGGUCGCAGUCCCAGCGUUCUUCGCGGCUACGCAUGCUUCCUAGCCCCGCGCCGACGGGGCUCGAGGUGGUCGGCUUCGUUUCACCUCAUGAGGUGCCUGGCAGUCCGCCGCUCGUCGGGUGGGCAUAGGGAGCGGCGGUGGCCGGCUUCCCGCCUCUGCCCGAGCUGGGCAGAGCUGCGCUCUGCCUCGGCGGCCUCGCUCCCUGUGGUGCGGAAGGUGGCGUUUCCCCGCGUAGUGUGCCCUCCGCCGGCCUGCCGACAACUAGCUGGGCAGCCCCCGCCAGCAGGAGGCGUGGGCUUUUCCUCAUCGCUCCGGGUUGCCUGCGGCGGGGUUGGGGUUUCGGUUUCGGGGUCCGUUGGUGAGGGGACCCCGGGGCCAAGCGUUUCCAAUACGAUGUUUUUUACUGAGAAGAAGCUAAAGCGGGAGAAGGCUGUCGUAAGACUCUUGGUUCCAUUUUUGCGAUACAUCUCAGUUCCGAAAGUACUCGUUAAGGAGAAGGUAUGGAACACACUGUGUUUGGUCUUUCCUGCGUUGGACUGGAUUCAGCAAGCACAGAGGCUCAACUCUGAGGCAUAGACCACAUUUCUUACAGGAAUAAAGCAUCUGCAAUGGAAAAAAAAAUGUCCUAGUCCCGGGAACAACUGAUGAUACAAAGGACAAUGCACAGUGUAUAUCCUGAUGACAUUUUGUGUGCUGUGACAUGGUUUUUGCCAUGGCAUCUGAGACUGAAAAGGCCCAUGCUCUUCUCCAAACUUUCAGCACAGCUUCAGUUAUUUCUAGUCUAGGUUUGGGAAUAUUCUGCUUUGUAGCAGACAGACUUCUGCAGUUUUCCUUCAUUCAGCAAAAUGACUGGCUCCGAGCCUUCUCUGAUAAUGCAGUGCAUGGUAUACUAGGAAUGUGGUCCUGGGCAAUAGUGAUUGGACUCAGGAAGAAAAGUGAUUGCACUGAAGUCACUCUGGCUGGCUUCCUCGCCUCUAUCAUUGAUGUGGACUACUUCUUUCUUGCUGGCUCCCUGUCAUUAAAGGCUGCUCUGACUCUUCCACUGAGACCACUUCUUCAUUGUUCUACUGUGAUUCCUGUUGCGGCUCUGACAUUAAAGUUUAUUAUGCACCUUUUCAGGCUUAAGGACUCAUGGUGCUUUCUUCCCUGGAUGUUGUUCAUAUCCUGGACUUCUCAUCAUGUCCGUGAUGGGAUUCAUCAUGGCCUCUGGAUCUGCCCAUUUGGAAAAACUCCUCCUUUGCCAUAUUGGCUGUAUGUGGCAAUUACAGCAUCUUUACCUCAUCUAUGUUCAUUUAUUAUGUAUUUAACAGGCACUAGAGAAUUAAUGUCUAUAAAACAUGGAAUCCGCAUUGAUGUAUAAGGAUGAUGUAUCUUAAAUGUUGUUUAUAUUAGCACUUGAAAUAAGCUGUCUGUUUAUCACUGAAGUGGUUUCCUUAUGUUCCCUAUGAUUUCCGAGUUACGCAUUUUAAGCCUGUGGAGCCAGUUACAGCUCCUGUGUCAAUUCCUUGUGCUCAUAGAAACCUAUUUCAUGAAUGGUAAUAAUUUCAUAUCUAAACAUUCCCCUUGUAAAAUAUGUGGUCUUCCAUUAUAGUUCAUGCAUAGCUAGCUGAUUUAUAAAGUACUUAGUCUCUCUGUAGUAAUUGCAUUACAUUUUACUGUCAUGGUGCCAUUCAUCUGAUCACCAUUCACUUUGGAUUUGUAUUCUGCCUUUAGAUAAUACAUUUCAUCUAGAUAGAAUUUCUAUAGCGCUUCAAAAAUGUAAAGUACUAUAUAAAUGCUAAGUAUUAGUGAGAAUUUAGUAGUUUAUGGCACUUCUAAAAAACAUCAAUUAGCCUUUUGAAUUUAUUUAUUUUCCUGCUGAACUCUUGUAUUCAACUGUUUUAAAGGAAAUGCUGUUUGUAUUUCACAAUGUGCAACUGCAUAUCUGCACCUCUUUGAAUGCUGCUAUAAUAUAGUGUUUCUACUAAAUUCUAUUCCUUUGUAGUUGCUUGAUACUCAAUUCGCAGAUGAUUACUAGCUAUUAUUUGUGGUUAGAAAGGAAAAGACAGUUUGGUUACAGUAUUAUGUGUAUUGACCAAAUUAUUUAAUUUAAAAAAAUAUAUUAAUUCUGAAUAUUAUUUAGUUUGGAACUAAGGAAUUUUCAGCUGUAUUUCAAAAUAUUAUUUUUCUGGUCAUGUUCUUAUACCAGUUCUACCACAGCAAUAGAUGAACACCACUCAGAAAUGUAUUAAGGAAAGCAGCAAGCACAUGUGACGCAUAACUUUUCUCUCUCCCUCCAAACAGACAGGGCAGUCUCACGCCUCCUUCUGACAUUUAGGCAGCUUUAGCUUAGGCCACUGGCAACUUUUUAAGGUAAACUGACAUGUUGCAUGUAAUGCUGUAAUUUGUGGGUAGCCAGCUUAGAGAACAAAGGUGAAGUUAAAUAUUUGUUUCAGCCUAUGUCACUUAGGAGAUAGACCUCCCUAUUAUGAAUUAAUUUCCUAACAAUUCCUUACCAGUAUUUCAUGUACAUAUCAAAUUCAUUGAUAUUUCCAACUAUGCAUUGAUACCUGCCAUGUGUAGGAAAACCACGUGUCAUGGUUUAACCCCAGCCGGCAAUGAAGUACCACACAGCUGCUCGUUCACUCCUCCCCACUCCCAGUGGGAUGGG